CCCCCCCCAACCCCACACCUCCACACCAUGCGUGCCAGGAGGAAGAUGUGGGGGGUAGGAGGAUGGGGGCUGUUUGCCCCCCAACCCAGGGCUGGCACAGGGGGGGCAGAGACCCAAUAAAGGACUUUCCUCCCAUGCCUGGUGUCUGUGUCGUGGUUACCCCCUCCUCGUGUCCCCUCUCCCCAUUAAUUGACCCUGGGGGGGGAUGGGGAGGGGGUUAUGGGGUCACUAUGGGGGUGCAUUGAUGGGGAAAUGAUGGAGAUACGAUGGGGACACGAUGGGACACCAUGGGGACACACAGGGUGGACAACCUGUGGGGAUGUGUUGGUGGGGACAUCAUGGGGACGUUUUGGGGAUGCGAGGGGGACGCAGUGGCGUCUAUGGGAUUCUAUGGGGUUGUGCUGAUGAGGACGUGAUGGGGACACCACAGAGUCACGAUGGGAUGCGAUGAGGACAUGGUGGGCACACAGGGCACUGCCCGCCCCCUUCCCCAGGAAAACCACAGCUUCUCCUCCCCCCACCCAUGCGUGCCUUGCAGCAGCAGCAGCUCAGGGGGAAGGAACUCGCUGUGGCCCCACAGCUUCCCCUUUCCUCAGCACCUCUUUUGCAACUGGUGCCACCAGGAUGGGAGCAGCACCCGGUGCUGGGGGUCUCAUCCCAUUGGGUCCUAUAGGGUUCCAUCCCAUCAGGUUCUAUAGGGUUAUGUCCUGUCCCAGCAGGUCCUAUAGGUCCCAUCCUCCUGGGGCCUUUAAGGUUCCAUCUCGUCCUGUCAGGUCCCACUGCAUCCUACAGGGUUCUGUCUUGUCCCAUCAGGUCCUAUAGAGUUUCAUCCCAUUCCACUGGGUCUAAUAGGGUUUUGUCUCAACCCACUGGUUCCUAUUAGAUCCUGGCCUAUCCCAUUGGGUCCUGUAGGGUCCCAUCCCAUCCCACUGGUUCUACAGUGUUCCAUCCUAUAGGUCCUGCCCCAUUGGUCCUAUAAGGUCCCACCUCAUCCCACCAGGUCCUGUAGGGUUCUACCCCAUCCCAUCAGGUCCUAUAGGGUCCCAUUCCAUCCCACCGGGUCCUUUAGGGUCCCAUCUCAUCAGGUCCUACAGGGUUCUGUCCUGUCCCAUUGGGUCCUAUAGAUCCCAUCCCAUCCCAUUGGGUUCUAUAGGGUUCUGCCCCAUCAGGUCCUGUAGGGUUCUGUCCUGUAGGGUCUUACAGGUCCUGUCCCAACCCAUUGGGUCCUAGGAGGUCACAUCCCAUCCCACUGGGUCCUAUAGGUCCUGUCUCAUUUGGUCCCAUCAAAUCCUAUGGGAUCCCAUCCCGUCAGGUCCUACAGGUUUCCAUCCCAUCCCAUCGGGUCCUGUUGGGUUCUGCCCCGUCCCAUCAGGUCCUGCAGGGUUCCAUCCUAUUCCAUCAGGUCCUAUACAGUCCCACACCAUCACACUGGGUCCUAAAGGACCAUCAGGUCCCAUGGAUCCCAUCCCACGGGCUCCUAUAGGCUUCCAUCCCACCCAUCGGCUCCUAUAGGGUUCUGCCCACCCCGUCGGAUCCCAUAGGUCCCAUCCCGUCCCCACGCGGCCGCGCUGAGUCACACCGGGACAGGCGGAAGCGGUGCUGGUGCCCGGGGCGGGACGGGGCGGAGCUGGGAGGGGGGAACCGAACCCAAAGAGCAGAGCCGGCACGGAGCGGGGCCGGUUCGGCGGUGGGGAGCGGGGCAGAGCGGGGAGCGGGAUCGGCUGUGCGGGGCGGGGUGCGGGGCUCUGUGGGUGCACGGUGCGGGCUGUUCCUGGUGCCGGAUUUGGGACUUUCUCAGUGCAGGGUUUGAGUUCUCCCCGUGCGGGCUUGGAGCUGCCCUGGUGCGGGACGUGGGGCUGUGCCGGUGUUCGGGUUCUCCUGCUGUACAGCUGCAGCUCUCCCUGCGCAGUUUUUGCCUUCUCCUGGUAAAGAAUUGGAGCCUUCCUAGCGCUGGGCUUGGUGCACGGUUCGAGUUCUCCCCGUGCAGGAUUUGGGCUCUCCUGGUGUGGGGUUGAGGCUUUCUCACUGCAGGGUUUGGUGCUUUCUCAGCGCGGCUCUGGGGUUCUCUUGGUGCAGGAUUCAGACCCCCGUGGUGCGGGGUUUGGAGCUCUCCCGGUGCAGGAUUUGGCCUCUCCUGGUGAACAAUUGGAGCUCUCGCAGUGCAGGCUUUGGGGCUCUCCGGGUGCGAGGUUCGGCCUUUCCUCACUGCAGGGUUCGGCGCUCUCCCUGCGCGCAGAUCUCGGUGCUCCGCAUCACCCCGACUCCUCACAUCCCAUGGCAGCCCAUGGAGCCGGCAGCUGCUGGCAGGAUCCUCUGGCGGUGGAGGGCACGACGUGCCGCCCGGUGUGCGGGACGCGGUGCGGGCGGGCGCUGAGCGCGGUGUUCGUGCCGAGCUGCCGUUCGGCUCCGUGCCCGGCGCUGCGCUCCCUGCGGGCCGCCUGCCGCCAGCUGCGGGGCCGGCUGCGCACCGUGCCGUUCGGCCGCCUGGCGCUGGGGGACACCGCAGCCCUGGAUCUCUUCUAUAACGCAGAUGUGGCCGUGGUGGAGCUCAGUGAUGCCGCCUGCCAGCCCUCGCUCUUCUACCACCUGGGGGUCCGGGAGAGUUUCGAUAUGUCCCACAAUGUGCUGCUCUGCUGCCGCUCUGUGCUGCCUGCCCUGCGGGCCCUGCAGGAGGACAUCUGCCAGAAGAACUCGGACCUGUGUGGCAGUUACACCUUCAUCCCCUACACGGUGACAGCCCAUGGAGAGGUGCUGUGCUGUGACAGCAGUGCUGAGCAGUGCCCUGCUGAGCUCCCCCAGCCCGGCUGCGGCAUGGAGCCCUGCACCCCGCUGACAGCACGGCUCGUCCAGCUGCUGGAGGCCAUCCCCACCAACUCCUGCGGGUAUUUUCGGGAGACCCUCCGACGUGACAUCCGCCGGGUGCGGGAGCUGUUCCGGGGCGAGCAGCUGAGCUGUGAGCUGAGGAGCAUCCAGCAGCGCCUGGACAGCGUGGAGCUGCUCAGCCUGGACAUCGUGGUCAGCCUGCUGCUGUCCUACCGCGAUGCACAGGAUUACGACUCCAUCAUCUCUCUGGUGGACACCCUGCACUCCCUGCCUACCUGCGACGUGGCCGAGCAGCCCAACGUUCGCUUCCAUUACGCCUUCGCCCUCAGUCGGAGGAACCGUGCUGGAGACCGUGAGAAGGCUCUGUCAGUGCUGCUGCCUGCCGUGCAGCACCGGGACACGGCAGCACCCGACCUGCUCUGCCUCUGCGGCCGCAUCUACAAAGAUAUGUUCAUCAGCUCUGGCCUCACUGACACGGAGACGCGGGACCGAGCGCUGUACUGGUACAGCAAAGCCUUCGAGCUGGAGCCCAGCCUCCAUGCGGGCAUCAACGCUGCCGUCCUCCUCGUCGCCUCCGGCCAUCGCUUCGACACCUCGCUGCGGCUGCAGCAGAUCGGCGUGAAGCUGAGCUGCCUGCAGGGCCGUAAGGGCAGCCUGGAGGAGCUGCAGCACUACUGGGAUGUGGGCUUCUGCCUGGGGGCCGGAAUCUUGGCCAACGACCUGGGCAAAGUCAUCCAGGCCUCUGAGAAGCUCUACAAGCUCAACGCGCCAGGAUGGUACCUGGUGUCCUUCAUGGAGACGUUCCUGCUCUACAAACACUUCCAGCACAGCCCAGCGCUGCCAUCCGCCCGGCAGGAGCUGGCUGACUUCUGGCUGGGCUUCCUGCUCACCUCCUGCCAGCCCUUCGUGCCUGAGCCGUGCUGCCCGGUGGGGAGCAGCCCUGGGGACCCGGGGACAGAUGGGGGGACACGGGGUGACCACGUGUGGUGGCUGCAGGUCCUCGUCCUGGAGCACGGCAAGGUGCUGCAGCCGGCACGGCUGGCGCUGCGCAGUGCGGCGGAGGAGCCCGCUGUGAUGCUCAGCCUCGUGUGCCCCACAGAGGAGAAAGCAGUGUCGAGCUGGAAGUUCCCACCCGCAGCCAUCCGGGGCGUCAGCAUCUGCAAGAGCGACGAGCGGGGCUGCUUUCUCUACGUGGUUCACACUGAGCACUUCCAGCUGUACUUCCCCUCCCAGCAGCACUGCCAGUGGUUCUGUGAGCGGGUCCAAUCCUUCCUGGUGGAGCAGGGCGGUGAGGAGCUGCUCGGCAGCACGCAGCCCAUCCUGGAGUACAGCUAUGAGUGCACCGAGUCGGGUGAGCGCGUGGUCCUGGGCAGGGGCACUUAUGGGGUCGUCUACGCCGGGCGCUGCCUCAGCACCCAAGUGAGGAUCGCCAUCAAGGAGAUCCCGGAGCGGGACAGCCGCUGCUCACAGCCCUUGCACGAGGAGCUGGCCUUGCACAAGCGCCUGCGGCACAGGAACAUCGUGCGGUACCUGGGCUCCGUCAGCCAGGAUGGCUUCAUCAAGAUCUUCAUGGAGGAGGUGCCGGGAGGGAGCCUCUCGUCCCUGCUGCGCUCCAAGUGGGGUCCCCUGAAGGACAACGAGCCCACCAUCGUCUUCUACACCCGCCAGAUCCUCAACGGGCUCAGUUACCUCCACGACAACCACAUCGUGCACCGGGACAUCAAGGGUGACAACGUCCUCAUCAACACAUACAGCGGCGUGCUGAAGAUCUCCGACUUUGGCACCUCCAAGCGGCUGGCGGGCAUCAGCCCCAGUGCUGGCAGCUUCACGGGCACCCUGCAGUACAUGGCCCCCGAAAUCAUCGACCGAGGGCCGUGGGGCUACGGGAAGCCGGCAGAUAUCUGGUCCUUGGGCUGCACCGUCAUCGAGAUGGCCACGGGCAGACCGCCCUUCUACGAGCUGGGCAGCCCCCAGGCGGCCAUGUUCAAGCGCAUCCUGCAGGUGGGCAUGUUCAAGGCACACCCAGAGGUGCCCGGCUCCAUGUCAGACGAGGCCAAGGCUUUCAUCCUGCGCUGCUUCGAGGCUGAGCCGGCCAUGAGGGCGACGGCAUCCGCGUUGCUGCAGGAUCCAUUCCUGGUUGGUGCCAGGCAUCCCCGCAGCCAGAGGGCGCCCACAGCGAGAGGCGGUUCACCUCGCGAUGGGGACGCGGUGGGGACUGGCAGCGCUGAGGGACGUCCAGCCUUUGGGGACGGAGUGGGGGGCACCACAGGCAGCACCCCGCUCCCACAGCGCCACGGCGAGGCAGCGCCGGGUCACAGCACCAGCUCCGACCUCACCCUGCGCUCAUCCUCACCCGAGGAGAGCGGGGACAGCUUCGUGCUGCAGAAGGACAUCCAGCACCGCGCCACCCUGCUGUGCAUCCUGAGAGCCGAGGCGCCGGGCAUCACUGCUGCCCUGCAGGAGAGCCAGAGCGCGGUGGGACCAAGGCUGAGCUCAGAGCACAUCGCCCAGCUGCUGAGCUGCCUGCAGAGCUACAUCCAGAGCCCCCAGCAGCCCCGGCUGCGCCGCGACCUCCUGCAGCUGCAGGCACGGCUGAGGGAGGAUGGGAUCGGUGUGCAGCGACUGCAGGCACCGCUGCUCCACUUCCAGGCUGUGGUGACACGGGUGCUGCGCCAGCACCACAUCAGGCCUCACUGGGUGUUUGCUCUGGACUCAGCCAUCAGCCAGGCAGUGCAGGCAGCUCUGGCCGUGCUGCUGACAGAGCUGCAGGAGGACAACUCCGAGGCCGACGGCCCCACAGAGAGCAGCGCCAGCCAGCAAUGCUCAGUGCUGCUGGCACAGCUCCGCCGCCUCCGCGCACAGACGAGCAGGUGGGGCCGGGCAUCCGUGGGGCACAGGGAUGGGGCAGCACCGUGUGCCCCUCAAUGCCAGCCCACAUCCCUGCUGCCCUCCAGGCUGCUCCGGCAGCUGGCCGACAAGGAGCAGGAGUGGCAGCGGUUGGCACGGCGGGCGCUUUGCUCGGUGGACGUCACACAGCCCGACCUCCCCCGGCACCGCGGUGAGCAGGGACACAGCGGGGGGGACACCGCAGCUUCAUGCCCCGGGUGCAGCGGCGGGGCCCGGGCUGAUCCGCUGCUCCUGGAGUGGCUGCAGCAGCACGGCACGGAGCCAAGCGCCACAGCCGCGCUCCUGACGCACGGCUUCACCCUGCGGGACCUGCUGGGCAGCGCCACCCGCGACGACCUCUUCUACACCGGGAUGAGGUGCCCGCCGGGCUCGGGGGGGUGGGACGCGGGGCGACACAUCGCCGUGCCCCCCCUGCAGCCCCAUAUCCGCUCCUCAACAGGCGCGGCUCUGCGUACCGCCUGUGGGCAGCCAUCGUGCGGCACCGCGGGGAUCAGCGGCACGGAGGGACGCCAGCGGCGGAGCAAUAAACGGCAUCCGGGAGAGAGCGCGCCGUGCUUCAUUGCGGCCCAAGGCGCCCCCCGUGCGCGGGGCACAUCGCGACCCCCCCCCCCAUCCCCAUGCUGGCUCUCACGGUGCGCUGCGCGGCACCAGGUCGGUGCGCAGCGGUAG